AUGUCACACUUCACCCUAAGCAUGGGCCAGGCCUCCGUCCAGAACAACGUCUCCAUGUGGAAGACCCUCUCCCAGUGCUACGACGAGAUCGCAAAGACCUUCUCCCUGCAAGACCCAGACUCCAUUAUCACAAACCCCGCCAGCAUCUCCGCCGUUGUGCACGCGACCUUCGAUCACGACGCCCACCAGCUCAUCGAGCAGGGCCACUCCUCCAUGAUCCACGGCAUCGACGACGUUACCAAGGCGCACAUGCUCGCCCAGGCCGUCGCCGGCAUGGUCGCCUUCUUCCGCAAGCUGGCCACGCACCACGAGCACGGCCCCGUGACGCAGGCCACCUUCGACCGCGACGUGCGGCGCUUCGCCGAGUGCGAGCUGCGCGCCGCCAUGAUCCGCAAAAUCGAGGAGAGCCGCAUCUUCGGCCGGUGCUAUACCAAGAGCCAGAUCGCGGAUCUCAUCAUGGACGCCGUCGAGGGCAAGGUCAACGACGCCGAGUUUGUGAGCGAGGACGAGUACCAGAACGCCAUCGGCUGGGCCACGGAGCUGCCGGCGAGGAAUAUGGGGCUGCCCUGGGGAUUCACCAUCAUGGCAUUGAACUGA